GGCACGAAAUCAUAGGAUUGGAAAACAUACCAAAAGAAGGGCCGGGUGUAAUCGUGUAUUAUCAUGGUGCUUUACCUGUGGAUUGGUACUCCACCCAUUCUACCAUCUACUUAACACUAAACCGAUUGGUAUAUUCUAUUGGAGAUAAAUUCGUCUUUCAAUUACCAGUCUUCAAUUCUUUUAUCGAAUCUUUGAGAAUUCAUAUUGGUACGGUUGAAGAAUGCGUCAGUUGUCUCCACAAUGGUGAUUUAUUAGCCAUAGCUCCAGGAGGAAUGAGAGAAGCACAAUUUGCAGAUAGUUCUUACCAGCUUUUGUGGGGAAAGAGAUUAGGUUUUGCAAAAGUCGCAAUAAAAGGAAAAGCGCCAAUAAUUCCGGUUUUCACAACUAAUAUUCGUGAAAUAUUCUGCCCUUUAUCUAUAGGAAAACAUUGGUUUAGAAAGUGGUAUGAAGCAACCAGAAUACCAAUUGUACCUAUUUAUGGAAAUUUCCCUGUAAAACUGAAAACAGUAAUUGGAAAACCCAUUCCUUACGAUCCAAAAAUGUCAGCCGAACAACUGGCAGAAAAGACGUCAAAAGCAGUUAAACAACUCAUUGCCCAACAUCAACGAGUACCUGGAAAUGUCACUAGAGCUCUAUUGGAAAGAUUUCCUCAUCUUUGCAAAAAAAUAUAUUAGAUCAAUUUGUUUUCUUUUUAAUA